GAAGCGCUGACAUACGCUGACCGUGACAGUUUACUUGCUUCCGCAUCACAAUACCCCAUGCCAUGUCUUCUGUAUGCUCCUCACCUCCCUUUUCAUCGUCGCCUCUGACAUAUUCAGUGUCGGCGACGACGCCCUACCCUCCAUCCAGUACGGCAGCAUCGUCGCCCCCUCCGGUAUCGCAGGAAACAACUAUUGAUGAGCAUGACGAUGAAGAUAUCUCAGAGGAAGACAAGCGAAAAUGGGACCAACUAGCUCCAUUCCUUGAGAAAGUCACUGUCUAUGCCCGUCUAUUGAAGGAUAAAAUGGAUGAGGUAAAAAAGGUGCAAUCCCGACCUAAAGGCACCGCGACACAGCGUUCUACGAUUAAACCCAAAUCUGCGGUUGGCUCCAUACCCAAAUUCGAGACCGGAAAGAAGCCUAAGUCUACGCGCGGAAAUAAGAAGCGUGUCCUCAUUGAAUCUGACUCUAACGAGCCGGAUACCAAGAAAGCCAAAGUAUCCACAGAGGCCCCAGACGAAGAACAUGAAGAUGACGGUGCCGUCUUUACCCAACCUGCACUCGUCACCGGAGGCAAACUCAAGGAUUACCAGUUGGAGGGUGUUGCCUGGAUGACUGGGCUCUUCCAGAAUGGUAUAUCCGGUAUUCUAGCCGAUGAGAUGGGACUCGGCAAGACACUGGAAACCAUUGCGUUCCAUGCUUGGCUUCGUGAACGUUCUUCUGCCCCGUUUAUGGUUGUGUGCCCUCUUAGCGUAUUGCAUAACUGGGCAGAAGAAUUUAAGAAAUUUGCCCCCGAGAUACCCGUUUGUGUAUACCACGGCUCGCCCGAAGAGCGUGCCAGACUCCGUCGUGAAGAAAUGGUCGUCGUCCAGGACCGACAUCGGUAUUGGCUAGGACCUAACCACGGUCCUUCGACAUCUCGAACGAAAGCGAAGGGCAAAGCUACCAAAGGAAAAUCGUCUAAACAUGACCGCGGGAGGAAGACAAAUGAGUUGUCCGCCCGUUCUUCCCGAGCCGCUAGUGAGCAUGAGGACGAAGAUCUACCACCUCAUCAGAAGACCACAUUUCCAGUCGUGCUCACUACCUAUGAUAUCCUAAUGAAAGAUAGACCAUACCUUGCGAUGUAUAGAUGGGGAUUCAUCGUUGUAGAUGAAGGUCACCGAUUGAAGAAUAUGGAUUGCAAGUUGAUCCGGGAGAUCAAGAUGCUUCACGCGGAUGCUAGGAUGGUUUUGACAGGAACGCCUCUACACAACAACUUAGCUGAAUUGUGGUCUCUUCUCAACUUCGUGCUCCCAGACAUAUUCACGGACUUGGACACGUUCCAGGAAUGGUUCAAUUUACCUUCAGUCCAAGCUUCCGCUUCUUCAGAGCGCACAUCUAAAGUGAUUCACAUGCUUCACACCAUCCUUCGGCCAUUCCUUCUUCGUCGACUCAAAGCAGACGUCGAGGCCGAUCUUCCACCGAAGAAGGAAUAUAUCCUCUACGCCCCGCUCAGCCGGAGGCAACGCGAAGUGUAUGACGCAAUCGUCCAGGGUGGCUUGCGUGCAUUGUUACUGAAAGAACGACGCUCGAAGACAGAAGCGCCCAAAGUCAUCGAGAUAUCUGAUGACGAGGGAGAGGGUGGUGGCACGAAGACGCGCAGUAAGGCGAAGGCUCAGAAACAGAGUGGGAAGAAAAAGUUCGAUGUCUUGGAUGGUGAUGACGAGGAGUACUUUCAACGCCUGGAAGCGGGUGAUUUAGAAGUUCAAGGUAGAAGAAGAAAGCCGAAGACGGCGGAGGAGCUCGGCGAGGAAUGGUAUCAGAAAGCGCAGUUGAAGAAGAUCAACAACAUGAAACUCCAGAACACGGUCAUGCAGUUGCGCAAAGUCUGCUCACAUCCCUUCCUUUUCGACUGGCCUAUAGACCCUGAUACCCACCAACCUAUCCUGAACGAAGAACUAGUGAGCGCGAGUGGAAAGAUGAUGGUUCUUGAUCGACUACUCGAAGAACUAUUCAAACGCGGUCACAAAGUGCUACUCUUUAGUCAAUUUACCACGAUGCUUGAUAUCAUUGAGGAUUGGGCGGUUGAGUUCAAGCACUGGAACAUCUGUCGUAUUGAUGGUUCAACGUCAAUGGCGGACCGAACUGAGGAAGUUGAUAGGUUUCAAAACAGUGGUGAUUCACCCGAUGCUCCGAAAGUAUUUCUACUGAGCACGAGAGCUGGCGGUCUUGGUUUGAAUCUCACCGCUGCGGACACUGUCAUAUUCUAUGACCAAGACUGGAAUCCACAAAUGGACUUGCAAGCGCAGGAUCGCGCGCACCGUAUAGGCCAGACGAAACCCGUUCUCAUCUUCCGCCUCGUCACCGCUCACACUAUCGAGACCAAAAUCAUGCAACGAGCAACAGAGAAGCGGAAGCUAGAGGCGCUUGUCAUCGCCAAAGGCAAGUUCAAAGCCCCCACUCAGACAGGUAACGGCAAACCCGAGACCAUGGCCGAGAUGGCUGCUUCGCUCCUAAAGUUGGAAGGAGAGAAGAUCCAGGUCGUACCGGAUACGGCUGAAGGCAAGGCCAGCGUCAUCAGUGAUGAAGAACUGGAUAUGCUCCUGGACAGACGACCAGAGGUAUUCUCCGAUCGCGUUAAAGGAUGGACUAGUAGGACGAAGAGAGAGACUGAGAAGACUGCGUUUGCGGUGUAUGAUGCGCCUGUUCAUGAAGGCAGUCACAUGCUUGCGGGUAUGAUGGGUGAACCUAUUGAGUAAUAGACGGAUUUUUUUUGUUUUUGUUUUUGUUUUGUUUUUGCCGCAUCAUGUUGUUGUUCGUGCAUUUCUCAUAGCUUGGUUCUAAGAUUGGACGACAUUAGAUGAAUCUGUAUAAUACCCUAAUUUCUUGGAUGUAUAAUAGCUAGUGUGUUGUGACUGCAACUCGACUCAGAAAGGAGUAGAUUUGAUUAGUU